AUGGCAGGCGCCGAAAAAAAGGCAGCGGUGCUUCUUCUUGUGCGGCAGCUGCUGGCGCGCCAAGAGGGCGAUGCCAACGGCAAAUCCACACAUCCGCUGCCUGAAACUUACGAGGAGCUCGGGGAUGGGGCGUUUCUGUACCGCAUUCUCUCCCGCAUAUCACCAGAGACCUUCCCGGAUGCCCUCGAGAUUGCCGAACAGGCGCCGUCGAGUCGACAGAACUGGGUGGUGCGGAAAGGGAACCUCGUGGCCCUUGUGAAGCAUAUGGACGAUUAUGCCCAUCAAUUUCUCGGUGCACCGGACACCUUGAAUCUCAUGCUCACGAUCCGGCCGGCGGACAUCGCAACCGCACCAGCAUUGAGUGGGGAGUUGAAGGCGCCGUUGACAUACGACAUUGGCGUGGAUCGUCUGAUGGAAUUGACAGACAUUUUUCUCGUCAUGGUUGUGCUCAGCGGUGAUCCUGUCGUGCUGCAGGCGUUGAAGUCGCUCCCGCACGCGGAUCAACUGGCGUUGUCCAACGCAGCGAAGGCAUGUAUCACCAAAUACGCGCUACGUCCCCGGCGGCGUCAUGAGACACCGACGUUGGGGGACUCUGCUGCCUCCAGUCAGUAUCGCAGCGUCACAAGAAGGCGUGGUGACGCUUCUUCGCACGCUGGCAUACGAUCUGCUUUGGCAGCUGAUGAAGCGGCCUUCACUCAAGAAAUCGCACGGCUUCGCCGUGAGCUAGAGGACGCGAAUGCCAAGGUGGUGGAACUUGACGCCAAGCUUCACCUUACCCUCUCAGAGAAGCAGGAGUGGGAAUCCAAGUACAAGAAGCUGCUUGCGGAGGCCGAGCUCGGACGCACGGCCGCUGCCGGGGAAGACCAUUUGCGGCAGCUCUUAGCAAAAAAGGAGGCAGUUGUCCAGAAGCUCACGGCAACUAUUGAGGAGAACCACAAACGUAUUUCGGCUUUCAAGGAGGCUACUGCGGCGCAGGAGACGGCGUUAGGUUCGUUUAAGCGCAAACUUAGGCGCACAGAGGAGGAAUUGAUGAAGAAAAAUGUGGAAAGGCGGGAGGCUUUGGAUAAGCUUAGUGUGGUUGAAGAAAGUUUGGCUGCCCAGAGGAAAACCCAAACCGAACUGGAGCGGCAACUGGAGGAAGUACGCACGGAGUUGGCUCUUUCGAAGGCUGAGUGUUCUACUGGCGUGGACCAUGCUGAGGUCUGCUCGAACCGUUCAUUUGGUUCAGUGAACUCCAUGGAUCGCGUGGUACAGCUUGAAAACGAACUGGAUGAGGCAAGAAGUCAAAAGGAGGCGGCUGAGCGAUUGCUGCAUGUUCUUCAGCGGCAAGUUGCAUCACUGCCGACUGAGGAAUUUAAAUCCUCUGCUGCCCUAGACGCCCUAAAGGCCCAGUUGCGACAGGUCGAAAAGGAGAAGGGAGACUUGCGUAGCCAACUAGCUGCCACUAUCGCGAAGUUGGAAUAUGCACAGAGUAACCGGAGAAGGCGCGGCAGCGCAAGUGCUAUUGACAGUGAGACAGAGAGCCUGUUGGCAGGAGGAAAGGUCCGUGGAAGGGAAGGAGAGAGUUUGCCUGAGCAGGACGCGACGGAUGUAGUUGGCCAGCACCCUCGUCCAUGCGGCAACCAAGAUGGGAUGUGUCGGGAGAGGACCUUACUUGGCUCCACCCUGCUGCUGCUUGGCUAUCGCAACUUGAUGCUGCAGCAGCGGGCCAUGCUGACGAACAGCGGAGCUUUCACGGUUUCUGCUGAGGAAGCAGAAAGCAGAAGUGGGGAUGUAAGAACCACAGGGUCUUUCUUGACACGUCAUCGGCACGAAGUAGAGCAAGGCCUCUUAGCGUCUGUCCUGAACCGCGGCGGCUGA